AUGCUCUGGACAGAACAGUGAUAGUCGUAAAUCAAACGGGUGCAGAAUAUUGUUUUAUAAUUACUUUUGUUCAAAAUUCAAACAACUCACUCAAUAUGUCAGCAAAACUUUUAUUAUUUGCAUUGGCAAUAAGUGUCGUCAGCAGUUGUUGCCUGGCUUACAGUCAAUUGGACUUUCAGCCUAUGCUGGAGGAGCAUAAUAGGGUUUUUCGUCAACUUGCAUUCACAAUGAAUACGAACCGUGCUGUGAUGGUCGGUUAUGAGCAGAGUAAUAUAUGUUUCGAUUGGUAUAUGGGUGAUCAGACUGCGAUCUCUACCACAUAUAAUAAUGAGUAUAAUGCUUGCGUGAAUGCCAGUAUUGCGGCCAAGCAGGCAUUAUCGGAACAAAGUGCUUUGGAUCGCAGCGAACUGUUGGAUGCGGGAAAUUCCAUUUGUAGUGCACUCAGCGAUUGUGAGUCUCGCGAGGAUAGUUUGCAGUUCUUCCAGUGCUACUAUAAUGCGUCCAGCGAUAACACUGGCGUUUUGUUUAAUAUUUCCACCAAAGCUGAGCGAAUUUCAAAUAAUUUGACAAUUUUAUAUAAAGCUGUCGAGGACACCGAACUCUUCUGCACCAACGAAGCUCGUACGAAAAAUAUUCUCAGCCUAACAGAGAGCACAAAUAAACUCAACAGUUGUUUGCAUGGUGAAUGGAAUCCAGUGAGUACCACUGAGGCAACGACAACAACCACAACAACAACAGUUGAGCCAACAACAGCUGCGCCAACAACAGCAGCUCCAGAAACGCCUGAUGGUGAUGGUAGUGAUUCUGAUGAUGCACAACGUGCACCAGAAGAGGAUAUCUUUCGUUAUCAACCAAGGACACGCAUGAAUAAAUGGAACAUUAUGAGACGUUUGUAGUCGUGUUACUUCAAAGAGGUUAAAAUUAUCACUAAAAUAUUAUUGUCAACAAUUUGUCGUUUCAAUAAAGCAUGCAGCAAAAACUUA